AUGGCCGACUGUCUCGAAUCUCAAGUCUUCACCUGCGGCUUAAUCAUCAUUCAACCGCCGCCGCCCUCUAUUGUCAGAGUUUCCAUGCACGUCUACGCCUCCAGCGCAGAUGUCUUCACUAUCGACGAGAUCCGUGAGCUCAUGGACCACCCCACCAACAUCCGUAACAUGUCGGUUAUUGCCCACGUCGACCACGGCAAGUCCACCCUUACCGACUCGCUCGUCUCGAAGGCUGGUAUCAUUGCCGGCUCCAAGGCCGGUGAGAUGCGUUUCACCGACACUCGUCAGGACGAGAUCGACCGUGGAAUCACCAUCAAGUCGACCGCCAUCUCGAUGUACUUCCCCAUUGACAAGGAGGACCUCGUCGACAUCAAGCAGAAGACCGACGGCAACGAGUUCCUGGUCAACCUGAUUGACUCGCCCGGUCACGUUGACUUCUCGUCUGAGGUUACCGCCGCUCUCCGUGUUACCGACGGUGCUCUUGUCGUUGUCGACUGUGUUGAGGGUGUCUGUGUCCAGACCGAGACCGUCCUCCGUCAGUCGCUCGGUGAGCGUGUCAAGCCCGUCCUUGUCAUCAACAAGGUCGACCGUGCCCUUCUUGAGCUCCAGGUCUCGAAGGAGGACCUCUACCAGUCGUUCCAGCGUACCAUCGAGUCGGUCAACGUCAUCAUCUCGACCUACAACGACCCCGUCCUCGGUGACGUCCAGGUCUACCCCGACCACGGCACCGUCGCUUUCGGUUCGGGUCUCCACGGCUGGGCCUUCACCCUCCGCAACUUCGCCGGCCGUUACGCCAAGAAGUUCGGUGUUGACAAGCAGAAGCUCAUGCCCAAGCUCUGGGGUGACAACUACUUCAACCCCAAGACCAAGAAGUGGUCCAAGUCCGCCGACGGCGGUGCCGAGCGUGCCUUCAACAUGUUCGUCCUUGACCCCAUCUUCCGCAUCUUCGACUCGAUCAUGAACUUCAAGAAGGACGAGAUCCCCACUCUCCUUGAGAAGCUCGAGAUCAAGCUCUCGCAGGACGAGAAGGACCUUGAGGGCAAGCAGCUCCUUAAGGUUGUCAUGAAGAAGUUCCUCCCCGCCGGUGACGCCCUUCUUGAGAUGAUUGUCAUCAACCUCCCCUCGCCCGUUACCGCCCAGAAGUACCGUGUCGAGACCCUUUACGAGGGCCCCAUGGACGACGAGUCGGCCAUUGCCAUCCGUGACUGUGACUCCAAGGGUCCCCUCAUGGUCUACAUCUCGAAGAUGGUCCCCACCUCGGACAAGGGCCGCUUCUACGCCUUCGGCCGUGUCUUCUCGGGUACCGUCUCGGCUGGCCCCAAGAUCCGUAUCCAGGGCCCCAACUUCGUUCCCGGCAAGAAGGACGACAUGGUCAUCAAGUCGGUUCAGCGUACCGUCCUCAUGAUGGGCCGUACCGUCGAGUCCAUCGAGGACUGCCCUGCCGGUAACAUCGUCGGUCUCGUCGGUGUCGACCAGUUCCUCCUCAAGUCGGGUACCCUUACCACCUCGGAGACUGCCCACAACAUGAAGGUCAUGAAGUUCUCGGUCUCCCCCGUCGUGCAGGUCGCCGUCGAGUGCAAGAACGCCGCCGACCUCCCCAAGCUCGUUGAGGGUCUUAAGCGUCUCUCGAAGUCGGACCCCUGUGUCAAGACCUGGAUGGACGAGUCGGGUGCCAUCAUUGUCGCCGGUGCCGGUGAGCUCCACCUUGAGAUCUGUCUCAACGACCUGGAGAACGACCACGCCGGUGUUCCCCUCCGCAAGUCCGACCCCGUCGUCGGCUACCGUGAGACCGUCACCGCCGAGUCGUCGAUGAUCGCCCUCUCGAAGUCGCAGAACAAGCACAACCGUCUUUACGUCAAGGCCGAGCCCCUCACUGAGGAGCUUACCCAGGACAUUGAGGCCGGCCGUGUUGCUCCCCGUGACGACCCCAAGACCCGUGCCCGUUACCUUGCCGACACCUACGGCUGGGACGUCACCGAGGCCCGUAAGAUCUGGUGCUUCGGCCCCGACACCACCGGCCCCAACCUUUUCAUCGACGGCUCGAAGGGUGUUCAGUACAUGAACGAAAUUAAGGACUCCGUCGUCGCCGCCUUCCAGUGGGCCACCAAGGAGGGCGCCGUCGCCGAGGAGCCCAUGCGCGGCAUCCGUUACUCCAUCCUGGACUGCACUCUCCACACCGACGCCAUCCACCGCGGUGGUGGUCAGAUCAUCCCCACUGCCCGUCGUGUCUGCUACGCCGCCCAGCUUCUCUCGAAGCCCGGUCUCCAGGAGCCCAUGUUCCUCGUCGAGAUCGCGUGCCCCGACUCGGCCCAGGGUGGUGUCUACUCGGUCCUCAACGUUCGUCGUGGUCACGUCUUCUCGGCCGAGCAGCGUGUCGGUACCCCCAUGUACACCAUGAAGGCGUACCUCCCCGUCGCCGAGUCGUUCGGCUUCAACGCCGCCCUUCGCCAGGCUACCGGUGGCCAGGCCUUCCCCCAGGCCGUCUUCGACCACUGGUCGCUCCUCGGCGGUGACCCCACCGAGCCCGGAAAGGUCCAGGAGCUCGCCAUGAAGAUCCGUACUCGCAAGGGCCUCAAGCCUGACGUCCCUCAGUACGAGCACUUCUACGACAAGCUCUAA